AUGCGCCUUCUUUCCUGUUCCCCGGUUUCUCGACGGGCAUUAUACCAGCGUACUUUCCCCCAUUGGCCAACUCGCAACAUGAACACCGCAGCUGUGCUAUAUGCGCUGACCGUGGGUAACUCCCCGAUCAGACCUAGCCCAGAAGAUGCUUUGGAGAAGUCUCACCAUACAAAGACGGGGUUCAGAAAUCCCUGGGAAUCCUUUCGCGAUCUGAGCACUUCAGAGAUUGGACAAAUGAUGAUACCUCGCCAUUUCAGUUCGCGCCGAAUAAGCGGCAAAGGCAACACACCCGAUACCACUCCGCCAACCGUCACCGUCCGCAAGCCUGAAUUCCUUCCUACUCGAGAGACUUCCAAGCUCCGAUCGACAUGGCUUGGACAUGCAUGCUAUUACGUUGAGUUCCCAAGCGGCCUCCGAGUUCUUUUCGACCCUGUCUUUGAAGCGCGUUGCGGGCCAUGCUGUGGACCAUUUACGCUGGGUCCUAAGCGUUUUACCGAGCCUCCGUGCCAAAUUAAGGACAUCCCUAUCAUCGAUGCGGUGGUCAUCUCACACAACCACUACGAUCAUCUGUCAUACCCCACUGUCUCGGAAAUCGCAAAGAGACAUCCCAAUUCCCAUUUCUUUGCGCCGCUUGGCAACAAGGCUUGGUUCCACAGCUCAGGCAUCAAAAAUGUAACAGAGUUGGAUUGGUGGGAUGAGCGUGACAUCGCAAUGUCACCAAAGGACGACAAGAAAGCGCAAGUUGAGCCUGUGGGCGAAGCUUCUAUCGCUGCGGAAAUCAAGGCGCGUAUCAGUUGCUUGCCGUGCCAGCAUAUUACUGCGCGUGGUCCUUUCGACAAGUAUAAAACACUAUGGGCUUCCUGGGCCAUUGAGUCUGGCGGUAGCAAGGUGUAUUUUACUGGGGAUUCUGGGUACAGAGCAGUGGAUGAGGUACCCGAGGGAGAGGACGAUUACGAUUCUAAGUACAAUUUCCCUAUCUGCCCUGCCUUCAAGCAGGUGGGCGAAUUCCGGGGACCAUUUGACCUUGGUUUGAUUCCCAUUGGAGCAUACUCUCCUCGUCAUAUCUUCAGUUCCGCCCAUGCUAACCCUCAUGAUGCUGUUCGUAUGUUCAAGGACACCAAGUGCAAAAAUGCAUUGGGUAUGCACUGGGGCACUUGGGUACUAACUGAGGAGGAUGUGUUGGAACCUCCCAGACUGCUGAAGGAGGCGCUGAAGAAACACAAUAUUCCGGAAGAGGGUGUCUUUGACGUGUGUGAUAUUGGGGAGAGCCGAGAGUUUUGA